GCUUCUGCGUGCAUCCAAAGUUUUUUACUAUAAUAAUUCUGUUACACCGAGAAAACACGUUAAUGGAACUUUCUUUAGAGUAUUUAUAAAAUGAGACCAAAUGGUUAUUCAUUGUUUUGUCUAGUACAAUGUGCUAGACGAAUGUGUACUAAGUCUGAAUUGAAUACGGUUAGAACAGAAUAUAAUUAUAAAAAGAAAGCUUUUAACAUCGGUCAUUUAGUUACAACUGACAUGUAUAUUAACAAGAAACUUGCUAACGAUGAAUCAGUUGAAGAUAACCAGUGGGGCAAAGUGAGGAAAGAGUUGUUACAGAAAUUUGAACACUUGAAUGAAAUAAAUGUUGAUUCCCAAGUCUAUGAUAUUUGUUCUUAUUAUAAGAGGUUAGAUCAAAGUAUCAAUUACUAUGAAUUUUUAGAACGAAAUGAGUACCCACUUAAUUUAUCUACUAUGACAACAUACCUAAAGUUAAUGAAUCAAAAACAGAAAAAUUCUUUGACUCCAUUAACCAAAGAGGAAGAAAAAAAUAUCAUUAAGGUAUACAAAAAAAUAAGAAAAGAAUACGAAUUACUUGAUCCAAGAUCAGCAAGUUUUUGCAUUGCUGGCUUAUCUUUGACAUCAGAAUGGGAAGAAUGUUUCAAACUUCUUGAAAUGAUUAAGUUUAUUCAAACACCAACGACGACAGAGAUGUCAGCAAUAAUUGCUGCAGCUCUUAGAAAUGAUCGAGGUGAUAUGGCUUUGAAAAUGAUUGAUGAAUUUCUUAUCAAUCAACCUUUAUCACCAUUUGUUUAUGUUGAAUAUUUGGAUUAUUGCAAACGGAAUUUUAAAAGAAACAAAUUAGUCAAAGAAAUAGAAAAAAUAUUUUUUUCAUGGCAGAAAUAUACUAUUGUACCACAAGAGUCAGUUAUUCUUGCAUAUGAAGAAUUUUUCAAAUCUAUUGGAUAUACUACAAAAAAAACUUCUAUUACAAAAGGGAUUUGCCAACACUGUAAUAUGCCAUUACAACCUACUGUACUUUCUAAAACAGAUUUCAGAGUGUUGUCAUCAGCCAUAUUAAAAAAUUUAAUUGUUGGAAAAGAUGUAUAUCGCAAUACAUCUCCACAAGAAUUGAAAAAUUAUAUGAUUUUUCUGCAAAGUAUGAAACCUUAUGAUGUUAUCAUAGAUGGAUUGAAUGUUGCAUAUGCAACUCGUGGAGUAAAUGGAAAUAUGAAAGGAUCUAUUGAAAAUGUUUUGCAGGUUGUUAACUAUUUCCAUCAAAGAAAAAAGCGAGUUCUUGUAGUGGGACGUGUACACAUGAAAUGGUGGUCAACAAAAGAAAUUAAAAUAUUAGAAGAUAGCACUGAUGUUUUCUAUAUAAAAAAUAUAUCUCAAGAUGACCCAUUCUUACUACAUUUAACUCUAUCAAGUGGAUCUGAAACAUGUUUUGUGUCUCGAGAUUUGAUGAGACAACAUAAAUUUAAACUUGAAGAUCCUACACUCAAGAAGCUUUUUAGAAAUUGGCAAAUGUCGCAUCAAUAUUUCUUUUAUUCUGUACCAGAGAAAAGGCAUAUAAUCAAUAUAGUUGAACCAAUUCAAUACGAUCCCUGUGCACAAAAAAGUGAUGAGGGAUGGCAUAUACCUUAUACCACUAGUAAUCAUUUGGCUGUGCCAGCUAUGUAUAAAGAAUCACCACAAGAUUGGUUGUGCAUGAAAAAUAGGAAACAAGAGAAGUGUUAGUAAUUUGUUUUGGAUUCAUUCAUAUGUUUAGAAUACUGAAUGAAGAAUAUAUUCUCUAAAAACAUUAAAAUAUACAAAAAUUUGUUAACUAUGCAGAAUUGAAUAUACAGUCAAUUCUUGUACUAUAUUAUCUAUAAAGAUUGUCUGUUU